AUGGAAGAGAACAGUAAAGAGGAUGAUAAGAAACGACAGGAAGAAUGGAAAAAAUUGGAGGAGAAGGAUAAGAUGACACAAAAGAAUAUGAGGGCGAUGAAAGAUCAGAUAAGGAAGAUAGAAGAGAAGGAAAAUGAGAGCCAGAAGGAGAUGAGAAAGAUGGAAAAACAAAUUAAAAUUAUGGAAGAAGAGAUGAUGAAGAUGGAAAUGGAGGAAAAUACAAGACCGGAUGAAAUGAUGGAAGAGGAGAAGAUGGAAGAGGAGAGACAGGAGAUGGAAGAGGAGAGACAGGAGAUGGAA